UUUGUAGGAAGGUGAUGAGGAUGUGAAAGUGGAGAUGGGGCGUAGAGGGUUAUUAGCCAUUGUUUCCUCAUUCAUCUUACUACAUUCACUAUUCUUCCAACUCAAUGCAAAUAUUAACACCAACCAGAAUCUACAAGUUAUAAUAGGGGGAGGAGGAGCUUAUCCUCCUGAUUAUGGAGACUGUCCAGACUGCUCUCCACCCUCCGAACCGCCUGUAUGCCCCGAACCUAUUCCUCCGCCACCUCCAGAGCCAGAAUGCCCUUCACCAACUCCUCCACCUCCACCUCCUCCUCCUCCUCCACCACCUCCUCCUCCUCCUCCUCCACCUCCACCUCCUCCUCCUCCUCCGCCGCCAAUUAAUACAGAACCUCCCCUCUCCCUGGAGCUCCAAAUGGCAGUAAAAGUCAUAGAAAGAUUCAGGAGAACAAUAACAGAAGACCCCUUUAACAUUACGAAAACCUGGACAGGCAGAAUAUGCAAGGACAAACAUGCAUACAGGGGCUUCGCAUGUGAUACCACCAUCAGGGACAACAAGACUGUAGUUGCUUAUGUCUUAUUCAAUGGUUUCCGUUUUAAAGGUAAACCACUUAAAUUAGAGAAUUUCCUUGGCGGGCUCAAAGACUUGAUUGUCUUCCAUGCCAACACCAACUUCUUCACGGGCGGAGUCCCGUCCGGGAUCUCCAAGAUCCCGUCUCUUUUCGAGUUCGAUUUGAGCAACAACAGGCUUUCUGGAGGAUUCCCAAGAGCAGUUCUAGCUGCCACCAAUCUCACAUUCUUGGAUCUGAGGUUCAACCAGCUCACAGGGAAACUUCCACCAGAGGUAUUCAGACUAGAUCUUGAUGUUCUCUUUCUUAACAACAAUCACUUCGAAGGAGACAUACCAGAAACCCUCGGCAAAACUCCUGUUCGGUAUCUCAUCUUUGCAAACAACAAAUUCACCGGUCAGAUCCCGAAAAGUAUAGGCCAAACAUCAAACACGUUGGUGGAAGUCCUUUUCCGGAACAACCAGCUUUCGGGUUGUCUUCCCCCCGAGAUAGGUUUGCUGCAAAAGGCCACUGUUUUCGAUGCCAGCGCGAACCAUUUGACGGGACCAAUACCCCACUCUUUUGGUUGCCUGAAAAAUAUGUUGUUCUUCAACAUGUCAUACAAUCAGCUCUACGGGGCGGUGCCUGAACCCUUGUGCAAUCUGGGAAGCCUCAUCGAGCUGACGUUGAAGUUCAAUUACUUCACGCAGGUUGGACCCAAGUGUCGGAAGCUGAUCAUGUCCAAGAAGCUUGAUAUAAGCAUGAACUGUAUUCUGGAUCUCCCAUCACAGAGAAGCGCAGCAGAAUGUGAAACUUUCUUCUUGAAUCAACAGUCUUGCCCGGAUCCGCAAUCACUCAUCAAUUAUAUGCCUUGCAAGAUUGAUAAUCAUGAGUCGCCGGAAGAAUAUCCUGAAGACAGGAAACUGAUGGCUCAACCACGUUCGUACGCAGCUUUACAGAACCACCAGCCUUAGUAAAGCGCAGGAACACGGAAUUUGAUGGUCGAAGCAAUAUUGAAGCAGGAGAGUUUUCAUUCCCUGAUGGUUUGAAAUUCUGUAGUUGAUAUAUCUAUACAGAUUGAUAACUAUUGCAGCUUCAUUUCGAACAGAGGCUGGUGUAUAGACCAUAGGCCGAGCAAUAAUUGUACUAUGAAAUGAAGAUGAAUCAAGAGUGUACUUAUGAAAUAUUUCAUUUAAUUAGUGAUAACAUGAAUUUAUUAAGAA